AUGAAUGUUGAAAAUCAGUCCGAAGGCAAGAAGAUAGAGCAGCCCGGACUGGAGGCAAAGCAACAGAACAUGAAGGUGGCAACUGAGAUGGAAGAAGAGAAAAAGGAAGAAAGCGAUGGCCUCAUCGGGUUCUUCAGUUCCUACCAGGAGCUUUUCCAAUUUUUUUGCAACAAUACAACCAUCCAUGGUGCCAUCCGGCUGGUUUGUUCCAAGAAGAAUAAGAUGAAGACUGCCUUUUGGUCGGUGCUUUUUUUCCUCACCUUUGGCCUCAUGUAUUGGCAGUUUGGAAUCAUCUAUAGAGAUUACUUCAGCUUUCCAGUCAACCUGAACUUGAAACUGAACACUGAUAGGCUUACCUUCCCUGCCGUCACACUAUGUACUCUCAAUCCUUAUAGGUAUAGUGCUUUUCGGAAAGAGCUGAAAGAACUGGAUCAAAUGACCCGACAGACUCUUCUGGAGUUGUACAAAUACAAUAUGUCUUUGGGGCAAAACACCUUGACCAAAUCCUCUCGGAAACGCAGCUCUAGGAGCCUAUACCACCAUAUCCAGCGCUACCCGUUGCAUCGACGCAAACGUGAUACAAAAGCCACCAUUGAAGACAACAAUCCCCCAGUGGGCAAAAGCGAUUGGAAAAUUGGUUUCACCCUGUGUAACAAAAACAAGACAGAUUGUUUCCACCAAAUGUAUUCCUCCGGUGUGGAUGCUGUACGGGAGUGGUACAGUUUUCAUUACAUCAACAUCCUGGCAAGGUUCCCUGACACUAAGGCCCUAGAGGAAUCCAACUUCACAAGCUUCAUCUAUGCCUGCCGAUUCAACGAAGUGACAUGUAACAAAGCGAACUAUACACAUUUCCAUCACCCCAUUUAUGGGAACUGCUACACAUUCAAUGACAACAGCAGCACUUUGUGGAUGUCCUCCUUGCCUGGGAUCAAUAAUGGCCUUUCUCUCGUUGUCCGCACCGAGCAAAUUGACUUUAUCCCACUACUGUCCACUGUGACAGGAGCCCGAGUAAUGGUCCACAAUCAGAAUGAACCAGCCUUCAUGGACGAAGGGGGCUUUAAUGUGCGUCCUGGCAUAGAAACAUCCAUCAGUAUGACAAAGGAAACCACCCAGCGCCUUGGGGACACCUACAGUGACUGCACAGAAGAUGGAAGUGAUGUGCCAGUGAAGAACCUUUUCUCAUCCCGUUACACUGAGCAGGUCUGCAUACGUUCCUGUUUCCAGAGAAGUAUGGUAGAACGAUGUGGCUGUGGCCAUUACUUCUAUCCUUUGCCCCCUGGAGCAGCGUACUGUGACUACACUAAGCAUGUAGCCUGGGGUUAUUGCUAUUAUAAGCUCCAGGCUGAAUUUAAAGCAGACCACCUAGGCUGCUUCACUAAAUGCCGGAAACCUUGCAAGGUGACAGAGUACCAGCUGUCAGCUGGAUAUUCACGUUGGCCUUCGACUGUCUCUGAGAACUGGGUGUUUCACAUGCUGGCCCUGCAGAAUAAAUACAAUGACAUAUCUAAGAGGAACGGGAUUGCCAAGGUGAAUAUAUUUUUUAAAGAGUGGAAUUAUAAAAAGAACGGAGAAUCUCCAGCUUUCACGGUGGUGACAUUGCUUUCACAGCUGGGGAACCAAUGGAGUCUUUGGUUUGGUUCAUCAGUCCUUUCUGUGGCAGAACUGGCCGAGUUGAUUUUGGAUUUUUUGGUCCUCACCUGCAUCCUGGUUUUCCGCCGGCUGUACUUACAUCAAUCUUCUGACCUUUCUACACUCAGCAAUUCAGAUAACUCUGUCUUCCACAAUGCAUUUUCGGCUCACAGAAUCCCACAAGAAAUACCUGCUGAGACUGGGAUCACUGCACUGCCAUCUUACAACAGCUUGGAAGCACUAGACUUACACAGAGUUUCCUUCAAGAGGACAGAAUAAAACCCAGACCAGGAUGAUUUGGAUAUGACAUUGUUAUGUACUUUAAUGCUGACCCAUAGACUCAGCACUUGGAGCUAAUUGGUUAGCUGGAUUCUCACCACCAAGAGAAGAUAGGCCUGAAUCUCAUCUAUAAGAAUUUUGAGGAGUAUGAAGUUACAGACCUAAUAACUUGAAAGCACCUUUCUUCCUAUACUUUGUCCUUGGUGUAUGCAUUUCCUCAAGUCUGUAUCUGUCUACCGCCAAACAAAAUUAAAAAGACACAUUCUGUAUAAAUAUUCUUUGCCCCAUAUAUUUUGUAAAAUAACUUCCUACAAAUUGAUCCUGGUUAUUGCUCAUUUCUUUUCUUUGAACUGAGGCUGUUUGCUGAUCAGAUUCUCUGCAGCCAAGCUGACAAAGGCAACUAACCCCCUUCUUGUAGUUUAUAAACAAACACAAACUUUUCAAUAUUUUUUUUCAUCCCCUGAGAUGGCUAAUAAGUCCUUUCUUAUUAUAGCAAGUAUCAGCAUGGAGAUACGCACUGGAAACUGAGAAAAGCUGAACAGGAUAUGAAAGCUCCCUAGGAUUAGAACAAUUCUACCACAUGUAUGUGAAUACACUACUAUGCUUUGAGAAGCAAAGGAUCCUUCAUUCUGGGUCCAUGAACUAUCAAGGUAUAUAAUCCAUGCUUCUUUAAGCAAGCUCUAUCAAGGAGUUUCACUCCAUUUCUCCUCCUCUGAGUAUA